ACGUUCUUGGGGCAUGUUUACUUCCUGGUGACGUAAGACGUAGUACGUGCACCGACCCCGGAAGAGACUGAGAAAGAAGCGUGUGGGUGUUUUUGCACUUUUUAAGACAUCAGUAACUGGAAAUAUUUGACCAAGAACACAAAAGCAAAUGAGUGCGUGACUCGCGGGAAGAACGCAGUGCAGCAGACACGGGGUUUUCAUGGACAGUAUGGCAGUUGACUGGCUCGGGUUUGGUUAUGCAGCUACUGUUUUAUUCGGAGGCUUUAUGGGAUAUAAGAGAAAAGGAAGCUUGAUCUCUCUAAUUGCGGGGUUAUUUUUUGGUGGCAUAUCUGCAUAUGGGGCCUUUAGGAUAACUCUUGACCCACAAGACAAAUGGAUCUCGCUUGCUGCUUCUGGUGCUCUGGCAGUCGUGAUGGGAAUAAGAUUCAAGAAAUCUGGAAAAUUAAUGCCUGCGGGUAUUAUGUCCGGAUUAAGCCUCCUGAUGAUUGUGCAACUGCUGCUUUUCUGAACAUGGCCCUGGACUGAAGAUGGAGCUUAUUCAGCUAAAGUUUUCCUGGCAAUAUAGUUCUAUCCGCAUUGCAUUGCAUCAACCCCUCACUAAUUAUGCACUGAUGAUGAUUCAAUCCCAGUUCAUAUCCAUCAUUUUGAACACUCAUCUUGUACAUUCCAAAUAAAGCAUUUUUUAAUCUUU